GUAACCACGACGUACUGUUACAUAUGCCCCUCAAUAAUAACGUAAUAUAAAUAAUAAUGCCGACUAAGGCAUUCUUGAAUGCAUUGUCUCUAUAUAAAGACGAUAUAUUGCUAAAGCGCGGCAGAACAGAUUUGGCUUGAGUAGCGGAAACAUAUAUCUUUUGUACUACUUCUUUAAUAAAAUAAACUCCGUGCCAGUCGCCGUGUCCUUUUUUAAAAAGAGCUCCUGGACCCACCCCGUAACAGUGGUGUCAGAAGUGGGAUGGUCAGUACGUUACACUGGCUAUCCGGAUUGUCUUGAGCUCUUGAUUCUACGUUGCGCUCAUUGCCGCUGCUCUCAUCAUCAAUAUCGUAAAGGAAGAAAACCUGCAAAAUAUCUUCAACGCCAUCUUCAACAUCGUGAGAAAGAAAAACUUACAAAAAUCUGCCACAUCAUACCCGCUCGUGCCGGUCAGUAUUGAUCGGCUGGUGUCAACCUGACAAAAACACGCAAAAACCAAUAAGCCUGAUAUCGACGUCCUGCUGGUUCCUGUGAUACAAGCCCGAAGAUUCGUCCGAAGCUCCAGUACCCGUGAAAAUUCAAGCCGCUGAUUCGUCCCUACUGCACCAGUUCCUGCUGACUCGUUCCUGCUAAGCCGUUUGCAACGUUCCUGCCGACUCGUUCCUGCUAAGCCGUUUGCAACGUUCCUGCUGACUCGUUCCUGCUAAGCCGUUUGCAACGUUCCUGCUGACUCGUUCCUGCCGUUUGCGACAUUAAGACUUCCAGUAUAAGCCUGCCAAACGCCUUGCUGCCAUCCCAUCAUCCGUGCGUUCUCCGAUGAAGUUAACAGCUCUGAUAUUCUUGCGGCCCAUCUUAGUGCUAUGUACAAGUCAUCAAAUCAUAACCCAGAUAACAGAUAGUCCCGGUCUAUACUACGAUAGACUAUCUGACGUCAAAUUUACUAAUGAUAACUGGAAUGUUGUAACUUAUUUAAAUACUAAUAACAUACAGUCUCAUCUUGAUAAAGUAGAUCAAAACGUGGGCUACUCGACUUUGGUGGCUCUGUUCUUAAAACAUUCUUUGGCACUCUAGAUUCCAACGACGGUGUCAAGUUCUCUGAUGCUAUCGACCAAGUACAGUCAGACGAAAAAGCUUUAGCGCAUCUUAUGCGUGAUAAUAUACAUGUGAUAAAAUCUACAAUUUCCACAUUUAAUAAUUCAAUGUUAAAAUUCAGUGAAAACGAGAAACGUCUAAAUAAAAAUCUAGAAAUCAUAAAUUCGGCAUUCGAAUAUAUUAUAAAUUCUAACGAUAAAUUACAAAUAAAAACAAAAUUUAAUUCUUUAUUCCAGUCCUUAGAAAGUAUAAUCAUUGCAUUGUCUUUCGAUAUCGAAGACAUAAACAACGCUAUUUUAUUUAGUAAAAUGAAUAUUUUGCACCCGACUGUACUCAGCCCAUAUCAAUUAUAUGUCGAGUUGGAGAAACAUAUAAAUGACUUACCUAAGCAUUGCGAACUUCCUAUAUCAAUAUCUUUACAGAACAUUCACGAAGUUAUCGAUAUUUCUAAACUAGUAUGCUACUAUCAUAAUAAUCGUAUUAUCACUAUAAUCAAGAUACCCCUCGUGUUACCUCAAGUCUAUAAUCUUUACCAUAUUGUUCCUAUGCCAGUUCCUUAUGACUUAACAAAACCAGACACUUAUGCACUUAUAGCACCAAACAAGCCAUACAUGGCAUUAACAACAGAUCGUAUGCUUUACUCACUGUUAGAAGACUUAGACAAGUGCAAAUUCGUGAGUGAAAAGUGUUAUAUUUGUGAAUUAGGUAAUGUGUAUUCGACGCUUGCGAACCCAACGUGUGAGACAGUUAUCUUAACCGAAGUUGUCAAUAAGGUUCCAAGUUCAUGUUCGGUAAAACUCUUAAGGGGUCACGUAGAUUCCUUCUUUAAACUUAAUAAAAAUAGGUGGAUAUUUGUUCAAUCUGAGCCUGGAAAAUUACAUGUAACUUGUUCUAGUAAUAGUCUCAACUAUGAUUAUGUUUUGUUAGGAACAGGAAUAAUGUCCCUGUUUAAAGACUGUAAAGCUUUCUUCAAAACUUUACAAUUUUCGUCUAGUGAAACAUUUAUUUCUAAUGUAACAACUCAAGUAGCUAACUUCAACAUUUUGGAAGAUGAUUGUUGCGAACGUACAAAACUAAAUAAAACUUUAGCUAGACUUCCCUUGUUAAAAUUAAAUAACCUUAAUAAUUUAGACUCAUUGUUACACGCCAGUAUUCAUCUAGAUACUCUAGAAAAAGAAUUAAAUCAUUUGGAAAGUCCUUCGCACUUUCAAAAAUAUGCUGUUCAUUAUAUGUCUAUAAGUUAUUCUCUUACUGUUCUGUUUUUCUUGUACCUUAUAUUUAGAUUUCGUAGAUGGUUUUGUUCAAGUAAACAUAAUUCUCAUUGUUGUAUACAAAUCUUUAAUCAAUGCAACAAAGAUCGUAAAAACGAUCAUAAUAAUGUUACACAAACUGUGCAAAUAAAUAGUGAAAAAGACUAUUCAUAUCCUAGGCCUUUUAGGAGAAAUCUUAUGUUGUCAAAUUCGUCUAAUAAUGUCGUCGUCGAGUAACGUUAUAAUACAUUAUAUUCUUUUAAAUAAAUUGUAUAAGUUUAAUUAAUAAUUAUAAUUAAGACCUUUAAUAAUUAUAGAUUUACUUACUAUAUCCUGUUUUCGUAUUUUACUUAAUAAUUACUUAAGUGUUUUUGAUAUUGUACUUAACGUUUAUUUCUUUAAGAUAUAGUUACUAUUUUAUUUUAAGUACUUACUUGUUUUAUCCUGUAUCGUAUGUUUUAGUUUUCCUAUUUUGUUAUCCAAAACAAAAGCCAAAUUCUAUACUUACCGCUCUAGUUUAUCUCAACGUCAACGUCCGUGACCAUUCAUCGGUGACGAUGAAUCUUAAGGAGGGGGAUGUUACAUAUGCCCCUCAAUAAUAACGUAAUAUAAAUAAUAAUGCCGACUAAGGCAUUCUUGAAUGCAUUGUCUCUAUAUAAAGACGAUAUAUUGCUAAAGCGCGGCAGAACAGAUUUGGCUUGAGUAGCGGAAACAUAUAUCUUUUGUACUACUUCUUUAAUAAAAUAAACUCCGUGCCAGUCGC